AAACAAAAACAAAAAACAACAAUGUAUAGUUCCUGCUACGUAGCUUUUUUGUAACUGUGUAUGUGAGUGCGAGUGAGUGAGGAUGUUGCUGGAGCAGAGGCCAGGUAGCGUAAAUGAAUUCCGAGAAGCCCAAAACAAUUGCCAUCUCCUCGACACGUUAAGAAGACACCACCAGAAAAUACGCCCCACUGAAGGAGGAGUGCCAGAGGCGGUGGCAACGGCAACGGCAAAGGCAAAGGCAGCCGGAGGAGGUCCCUAGAGCCCCAAUCCUCGUAGCUAGUUCAAAUUGCAUAGGAAAAGGAAACCAAACCCCGCCCCAGACCUUUCUGGGAAUCAAACACACACACACACACACACACACACACACACACACACACACACACACAACACACACACAAGGAACAUGGAGCGAAUGUGGCGGAAAGUCAACCACAGCUUGCGCAACACCAAAUCCCAAGGCCAGCAACAGCAGCCGAAUGCCACUAGCGCCAGCGGCACCACCGCCACUUCCACAGGGGCUGUAGCCAGUGGCGGCAGCGCCGCCACACCACAGUCCACCGAUACCAUCAACUCGGCGGGUGGCUUCGGCGAUGGGCAGCUGGUGGUGGCCGUUCAGGGAUUGCCCAGUGCAGCAGCAGCACCAGCAGCAGCGCCGUCCGCAGGAGCGGCACCCGCCGCUGGUGGGACAGCAACGACAGCCCCUGUCACUGCCACCGGGGGCUGCAAUGCCACUGGGCGGCGUCUGGCCAGCAGCGGCCAAACGCUGCCCGUAUCCGGCGCCAGCAAGUCGCUCAGCCAGCAUGUUAUGUAUUCGCGGACCGCCUCCUCGGAACGGCGUCGGCGACGCAGGCGCAAGAGCCGGCCACGACGCGGCGGUGGCAUGGGCGCCGUCACCAGUUGCGUCGGCGAUCCGAGCGGCGAUAAUAUGUCAUCCUCUGGCGGCUUCUACACCCUGAAGGACCACCACCAGUACUAUCGACACGGACACCAUGGACACCACGCAGCCGUCGGCGUUGGAGGGUCUGGCUCCUCGCAUCGCCUGUUUGCCACCUCGGCGCCCAGCGGCACCGUGAUGAUGUAUCCCAAUCCGCAGCGAGCACCCACCCUAACAGCGGCCGGUGGAUCUGCAUCUGCAACUGGCUCUGGACCCGUUGCCGUUGCCAGUGCUGUGGCUGGGGCUGUGGCUGGGGCUGGGGCCGUGGCCCAGCCGGACAUCUCUUUGCGGCAGCGAGCGGUGGCCAAGCUGCGGAUGUUCAACUUCCACCUCAACUGGGAUCUGCACAUGACGCACUGCAAGCCUUGCGGACCCCGCCUGAGUGGCAGUGGCAACAUCAUCACGCGCCGCCUGUGCCGCAACCGGAGGCGGGAGGACAACGAGCUCUACCGAUCGAACAGCUUCAAGUUUGAGCGCUUCGAGCGCAAGGAGUGCCUCGAGGAGCUCUCCAACACAUUGCAGAAGCAGAUUGCCAUCUGUGAUGAUUACAGCCUGCCCGUAGACUUUGUUAAAAAACGACCGUCCAGCUUCGAUCCGUGCCUGGCGGAGGCGAUACCAGCGAAUCCCGAGCACUGGAUAAUCCCCAGUCCCCAGCAAGCGGAGUUUCUGCCAUUCGGGGAAGCCCAACAAGCGACGCAGCAACCUGCAGCAGCAGCAGCAGCGGCAGCGGCAGCACCAGCACCAGCACCACCGCUACCCGUGCCCCUGUCCACUUUGCCCAUUCAGCAGGCGGCAACCGCAGCGACAGCAUCUGCAGUAACAGCAGCAGCAGCAGCAACAGCAACCCAGCAGCAGCAGCAGCUGAACAAUAACAACAACAACACCAGCAGCCACCAGCAGCACAACAAAACCACCAACAACAACAACACGUUGCCAGUUGGGGCACAACAAGUGCAGCACCAGCAGCAGCAGCUACAGCAGCGUGCAACAUUGCAACAUCCGCCGCUGCCCAACAGUAACAUCAAGCAGGCCUCAGUGAAGCUGAUCGAAGGCUAUUCCGAUCCGAAGGACACGCGCCACCACAAGAAGGUCUACCACAAGAAGGCCAAGCGCCGCACGGCCCCCAGCCACAAGCGCCACCAACAGCAGCAGCAGCAGCCCCAACAGCAGCAGCAGCAGCAGCCGAAAAACUUGCAACAUACAUUGCCCACGCCACGCAGCUCCCAGCAUCAGAAGCAGCAGAAGCAGCAGCAACAGCAGCAGCGGCAUUCCACCUACAACAACAACAACGACCAGCAGCAGCAACGGAAAGAUAAGCGGAACAGCCACUACGAUUCGGACUCAUCGGCGCCCAAGUCCUCCGACGAGGAAGCGGACAUAGACGAGGAGGCUGAUCAGCCCCAGAAGCAGCCGGCAAAGCAGCCACAGCAGCCACAACAGCAGGCACCGUCCCAGGCUGCAGCUGCGGAAACAGCUCUUGGAGCGGUUCUCAAUUCGCCGGAUUCUAUAUCGGACGAUCUGGUGCGCCCCCUGCCGCCCCAACUGCAGCGCAGUCCACGCAAGCUAACCGUCGCCCCGGCGGCAGAGUACAGCAAGCGCCAGCCGUCGCCCUACUACUACUCCGAUCUGCUCAAGAGCCGCGACAGGGACAGGGAAAAGGACAAGGACAGGGCCAAGGAGGAGGCCAAGCAGAAGUGCCGCCAGUCGACGGCCAGCGAGCCGCCACAGCAGAGAGCAGAGCUACCGUGCCUAGGUGGCUACCGGAAGAGCUCCAGCUUGGAUGUGCCCCAUCAGGAGAACGGAGAGGAGCCGCCAACACCAGCAGAGGAGGAGGAGUCUGAGGAGCCCGGUGGCGGCGACCAGUCGACGCCCAAGCGCUACAGCUUCACGGAGGAGGGGGUGCACAUCAUCCGGUGCGAGACGCCCAGCACCAGCACCUCGGAGGAGUCCGACUGCAGCGAGUGCCUUAAGCGACGCGAGUGGCAUGCCCGGGCCCUGGCCCUAGUCCGCAAGACCUGCAACGUCCAGCCACGCCACCAGUCGCAGUCACAGUCCCAGUCCCAUCCCGAACCAUCCACUGGCAGCGAGCUCCAGCUGCAGCUGCAGCACUGCGACGCCGGCGAGGGGGAACUGCUCAAGUGCUGCCCCCCGCCUCCUGCGAACGCCCAGAGCACCACAGCCGCGACCCCAGCGGAGCCUUCGCCGCCGAUGCCACCGCACCGUCUGCUCGGACCAGCAGCCGUGUGCGGAGCCUGUGUAGCCGCCUCCCCAGCCGGAGCUGGAGGUGCACUGAGCGAUGAGCCGGAGGAGGAGCUCGAGGAGUACUUCCGGCCGCGCAGCAUCUUCUACGUGCAUCCGCAUGGCGUGCACGAGUGCGCCGAGUGCGCCCCGCUCCCAGUCCCGAUCCCGCUGCCGCUGCAGCUGCCACUGGCCCGUCCCGAGAAGCUGCCACUGAGCGGACACUCAGCUUCGCAGUCCAUCAACACGCUCGAUCUCUACGGGGACGACGAGCGCGAGGAGGAGGACGACGACGACGACGACGAGGAGGAGGACGACCCCGACUCGGACAUAAUGGCCAGCCGCAGGCGGCAGAUCUACGAGACGGCCUUCGACUGCAAAAUAGCUAAGUCGGACGACGACCUGGACGAGGUGGAUCGCAUCACUAACCAUUCGGUGCUCCUCCAGCUGAGCAACGGCAACAGCGAGACCGUUGCAGCGGCGGCGGCGGCGGCGGCGGCUGCGGCGGCCAAGGCCAAGAGCCGCCUGGAGUGCAAGCGAACAAAGAACUCGAAGAACCAGGCCCUACAGGAGCAGAGCGGCGAUGGCCACGCUCACGUCCAGGUGCACCAGGUGCAGGCUGAGCUGGGAAAGCUGCAGCUCGAAGGGGAUCACCAGAAUCAGAAUCAGAACCAGAAGCAGAACACCAACCUGGCUGCGGCUGCGGCGGCGGCGACGAGUGGAGCCAGUGCCUCCAGCACGCAGCAGCUGCCGGUGCGGGGCUACACGCCCUCGCCGCCCUCGACGGCGCCGCUGCCCAUGAAGUUCCCCGGAAAGCAGGAGCGCUACAUGAACAGCAUCAAGAGCGCCCCCAACCUGCCCUCCGCCAACCCGGCCCAUCCGCGGCUGCGCGACCUGCGCCUGCCCCUCCACGGGAUGCGCCUCCAGCAGCAGCAGCCGCAGCAGCAGCAGAUGUGCGCCUCCAGCAACGACAACAGCCUCACCGACAGCGCCUACGUGAAUCCGCCCUCGACCAACUCGAACUCCGCCUCGGCCGGGGCCUCGGCCUCGGCCUCCGCCUCAGUGUCCGUCACCGCCUCCGCCUCGGCAGCCGCACGGCGUCCGCGCUCCUUCGUACUGGAGUCGGGCCGAGUCCUGGAGCUGCGGCGCAGUGCCCAGCCCCACCCGCAGCAGCAGCGCCAGCACCACCACCACCACCAUCACCACGCCGCUGGCGUAUCGGCGGGACGACGCACCCGCCAUGGCCAUGGCCACUGCCAAGGCCAGGGACAGGGGCAGGGGCACAACUACAGCUCCACGGAGUCCAUAGCCACGUCGAGCAGCGGGGGCAGCAUGGAGUCGCUGCGCUCGAGCACCAGCGAGGGCAACCGGAGCACCUCCAGCUCGGAGUCGCGCCACUCGAGCUCCCUCAGCUCGCACAGCUCGGAGAGCGGCAGCUGCAGCUCCAGCGUGGCCUACCCGCUGCGUCCGGCGCCGCUGCUGCUGCACUCGAAGCUGCACAUCCUCAGUCCCAUCUCGGACAAGUCCUCGCAGGAGCCGGCCUCGGCCAGCGCCUCCGAACAGUCGCAGCAGCCGUCCCAGACCCAGACCCAGAGCCAGACCCAGUCGCAGGCCCCAGUCCAGGAGGAGCAGGAGCAGGUCCUCGUGGCGGGCACCUCCGCCGGCGCCACCUCCGCUCCGCUCUCGUCCAAGCAGCAGCGCAACCAGCGGGGGGAGGUGCGAGCGCCCAACAAGGCGCUGCUGCAUCUGGCGGACGAGCUGCUCGGCUCUGACAGCGGCAUCUCGCUGCACUCGCGUGAGGAGGGUAAGCCGCCGCCGGCCCUGGCGCUGCAGCGCCUCACGCUGCCCAAGCUGCAGCUCAUUGGGGCAGAGCCCGCCAGCCAGGGCGCAGGCGGCGGAUCCUCGGCCGCUGGCAGCUCGGGCACGGGCACUACCACCGGUGGAGGAGGAGGAGGAUCAGCAUCUGGAUCAGGAUCGGUCAACGUUGGCAUACCGCAGGAGCUGCGGGACCUGCCCUUCGACAUGCCAAAGCUGCGGCGCCGCAAGACGCUGCAACAGGAGGCGGCGUGCACCUCCGGCAGCGCCACCUCGGUGGACCUCGGCGAGCUGCCCUUCGACAUGCCCAAGCUGCGACGGCGUCUGCGCGCCAACCAGGCGGAGAUCAACAACCUGCUGAUGCACAGCACCGAGUCCAGUGGCAUCUCGCAGGCCUCCUCCAGCCACUCGAUGCGGGAAGAUCAGAAGCUGGCCAGCAAGCUAGAUACAGCCCUAUUCCGGCAGAACCUUACGCUGAAUCUAAACGAGCCGCGACAGGCAGCCAAACAGUUCGGAAGCCUCGACCUGCGGGGCCUCAAUAGCGCCAAGGAGCUGAACAUGAAUCUCUGCCAGGGCUAUGUGACGGCCGUGGAUCUGAUUGAUGUCAGCAUACCACUGGAGCGGCAGGGUUGGUAUCACGGCGCCAUUACGCGCGUCGAGGCGGAGACAACGCUCCGUCCGCUGUCGGAGGGCUCCUUUCUGGUGCGAAACUGCGAGUCCACCAAGCAGGAUUACUCGCUCUCUCUCAAGGGAGCCAAGGGCUUCAUGCAUAUGCGGAUUCAGCGCAACGAAGCGGGCCAGUACAUCCUGGGGCAGUUCAGCCGUCCCUUCGAUACAGUGCCGGAAAUGAUCCGUCACUUCUGCCUGAACCGGCUGCCAGUGCGCGGUGCCGAGCACAUGUGUCUGAUCGAGCCGGUCAUUGCGCAGCUGCUCUAGGAGGAUCAGCAGCAGCAGCUGGAGGAGCAGCAGUCAUCGCGAUCGGAAGGAAACCAAACAGAAUUACAUAUUAAUAGCAUAUAGAGGAUACAUACAUACAUAUAUAUAUAUAUAGCGUAUGCACUAGUUAUAUGCACAUACUAUAUGUAUGUGCGAGUAUAUGCGAUAGUUUUAAACAGAACUUGCAAAUUCUUUUUCUUCCCAACUUUUUUUUUUUUUGCUAGCUACAAAACAGCAGCAAAAGAAAUACCCAACACCCCCUUCCAAACACACUCACACAUACUAUACACACCCCCACUUCUGAGACACGAACUAUUGUAGUUUAGCGUUUAAAGUACGUAGCACAUUCAGACAAUACCAGCAAAUGACAAAACAAAACGAGAUAUUUAUAUAGAAGGCAUAUAUACAACAAGCAUGAUGAUAUGAUGAUAUAUACAGGCAAACAUAUAUAGUAUAUACACAUACAUAUACAUAUAUAAAUAUAUGUAUAUAUUGAUAUUGAUAUAAAAGAGAGCACUUGACAACAGUUGCUGCUUGUAGUACAGUACGGACACACAUGAUAGAUACGAUACGAUACUACGAUACGAUACGAUACUAGAAGAACGAGAACAACAUUUUUUUAGAUGUGUUUACAC